AUGAACUCACGGAGUUUCGGAGACUGUGCAGAGACUAACCUAGAUGAUGAGCUUAACAGCCUAGAGGAGGCCCAUUGUAUAGCGGAGACCGUCGUCGUCCCAGGCCUCCUGGGAUACAUCUCCAUCGGAAAGGACAAUCCCCUUUGUAUAAAGAAAUCCCCACGUGACCCGGAUCUCCUUGCAGUGGGAGGUCUUGAUGACUCAAUUUACUUUGUUGAAGCAAAGGGCUCGGUAGGAGACUUUGAGGUGCCCAUGGCUCUUCGGGCGACAUUCGAGGGGGUGCACUCGGACUCUGUCACAUCCUUAGUGUUCUCCCACGACGGUAGGUAUCUGUUUUCUGCAGGUAUGGACGGAAUAGUUAACUGCUUUGACGUGAAAGAAGAGCGACUUAUCAGCUAUGUAGAGGGUCCUGCCUCGAUAGAGUGGAUGGAGCUGCACCGAAAGGGCAACGUAUUGCUUGUGGGGGCGGAGGACGGCAACUCGUGGAUAUUCGAUUUCUCUAAGGACCCAAGGAAGCCAGAAACAUUUGCUGUCUUCACAGGUCACACGGGUGCAGUCACGUGCGGUGGAUUCAGCAUAAACGCAAAGCGAGUCAUCACAGGCUCCCAAGACGGUACCAUACGGAUGUACGAUCCUCUCACAAGAGACUGCCUUUCAAAGGUACAGUUACCUUCGCCUGUGACAUGUCUCAAGGUCAGCAAGACCCUUACACAGGGCAUGACAGCUCAGCAAGCUAGCGCUAGCAAGACCACAGUGAUUUUUGCUGGCUGCGACGAUGGAUCGUUUCAUGUAGUGUCUUCUACUGACAAGGUGCUCAUGCUAGUGUCUUCUAGUUCAACCCAUAAGGGGUCCAUCGAGUUCAUACACGUAUGCGCAGACAGAUAUGUAAUCAUUGGAGGAACGGAUGGCCUGAUUUCGUUGCUAGAUGGUGCCAUGAAUUUCUCAUCCAGAUUUACCUACCAAGCAGAGGCAGCGUGCACCCAGGCCCUCAUUACCACAAGUGCAGGUGAGACAGGGAAAGACAUGAUAGCGUACAUAGGCUUCUCCAAUGGAACGUGGGGUUCGUUCAAUCUUCUAUCUGGGGAGCACCUCCUCAUGGUAGAUUGCUUUCCAGCAGACCUUUGCGUCCAAAGCGAUGAGAAUAGACCUAUUCUAGCGAUGGAGCUUUUGCGGAAUGAUAAAUUAGUUGUUUCGGGGGACAAGUCGUUGAGUGUCUGGAGCGGUAAGAGGUCAUCAUAUCUUGAGCAAGAGAAUGACGUGAGUACCCACGACACUGAUGCCGACUCCGAAAGCUCUGGAGAACUGGGUGACCGUGCGCUUGGUCAAUUGGGUAAACUAUAG